AAAAGUUUUAAUAACUCAAGUGCUUUAGCUAAACAUAGAUUAACUCACAGUGAAGAGAGGAAAUAUAUCUGUAAUGUUUGUCAUAAAGGUUUUAAAAGACAAGAUCAUUUAAAUGGACAUUUGAUGACACAUAGAGAAAAGAAGCCUUAUGAAUGUCAAGAAGAGAAUUGUGAGAAGAGUUAUUGUGAUGCAAGGUCACUACGCCGUCAUCUUGAAGGUCAC